UUUAUAAUUUUGCCCAUCAAUUUCGUUCAAUAUGUACUUUAUUUGUGUGGCUCGGUAGUCGCGUACUUCACCGCUCUUAGUCGCAGUGAGAUGUUCCUCGUGACUUGGACAAAACGGUUCUUCGCGAGAUCCUUACGGUGAAAAUCCAAAGUGUUACCAAACGCAAUUCAAGUGUUCUACAAGUGGUCCCGCAGUGACAGAAUGAAAAUGACAGUGAACCCCGUGUCCACUGGGAAUCCUUCCGACGCCAACAACAACAGCGUCUCCGUGAGCUGUCCGAGCAGCACCUCCGCAACUCCAAUAACUUCCACCAGCACGGCACCGGCGUCAGCUUCCGGUGGAACUGCUGCAACUGCGGCUGCAGGUCUACCAAAGAUGGAAUCCAGAGACUCGAAGGACAGCACGUCCAAGACCGACGCGGAGUCCCCCGAACAGCAUCAACCGGUUCAGCAGGAUCAGCAACCGUUGCAACAGGUUGAAGUUCAGGAAAUCAUUGUACCUGCCGAUAUGACCAACACUGAGGGGCAAUCGCCGGCUUUACCGACGGCAGUGAUCAUUAACCAACACAAGCAUCGAAUGAUUACGACCUCGGGGGAAAUUGCCGAGUCGCACGAGAUUCCACAUCCAGACGCAACGGAAUACGAAAGUGUGGAGUAUCAUCAGGCUGUGGCUACGGUGACUACUGCUGGAGGUCAGUCGUACUCGUACGAGCAGAUUCCGACUAGUCAAGGGAAUAACGGAGCGGGAGCUUCGCCGGUGCCGCAGUACCUGAAACGGGAGUCCAGCUUGGAGAAGGAGCGGCUGGUCGCAGCUGAAGCCCACGGCCAGAUUCCCGUGCAGACCCAAACCAUUUUCGUAGAGUACAAGAAUGAAGUUGAAGAACCGGUGCGAUACGGGAACCCAUCGUUGGUUCGAUACGAAGACCUCAAGUACCAUCCACACUAUUUGCACUAUCAAAAACCCCAUCCAAGCUUAGCCAUUCCCCAUCACGCUCAUCCACACCACGCCCAUCAUGCGCAUGUGCAACAGGUUCAACAACACCCUUCGCAGCAGGAGGUUGAUUCCUCGAUAAAGGCGGAACAUCUGGAACACCAACAUCAUCAUCAGCAGCAACAAUCCCAUUCCCAACUCCAGCAGCACCACCAAUCGCAACAGCAACAGCAACAUCAACAGCAAGCUCAUCAACACACCAUCCACAUCUACGAAACGCAUGAAGCUGCUCAACCUGGAGAAGUCCAGCAGUCCGAGACUCCAGCCAGUGAGGUUAAGACGCACUACACCAACCUGGAACCGGUGCACUCGUUGUCGUCCUCGCAAAAUUAUUACAUCGCUCCAGAAAGUUACCAAUCUACCGCCAACUACCCGUACAUUCCUACGAAAGAGACGGUGUACUACCAUUCCGCAAGUCCGAACACUGUACUGUACAAGAGCAGCGAUCCCACGCUCACCUCUUCCUCGAUAAUACCAACCAAGCAGAUUCACUACACCUCACAGAACCUAUACGAGAACACUCCGGCUCACAACAGCAGUUCUCCUGGAGCCCAGCAGAUGUAUCCGUACUGGAAUGGAAACAUGGACUACACUACGACAUUCACCGGAGCGGUCGUCAUGGACCAGGCUCCUUCCGGCGGGGCCGAGUACGGCAACAACGGACAGGCGUGGCAAAUCGGUAGCUUGAACGAUGGCUACGAACCGUCCAUCGGACUGCCAACCGAACACCGUGAGUGCGUCAACUGUGGCAGCUCGGACACUCCCCUGUGGCGAAGGGACAACGUGGGUCACACGUUGUGUAACGCGUGCGCUCUGUACAACCGCCAAAAUCCGGGAACUAAUCGUCCACCGAACCGCAGCCAGAAAGCCAAGCAGGCACCGAAAGCACCAGUACCUGGAAACCGGCGGACGGGCGUUACCUGUGCCAACUGUCAGACGACGACGACCACGUUGUGGCGCAGGAACAACCGCGGCGAACCGGUGUGCAACGCGUGCGGGCUGUACCACAAGCUGCACAACGUGGACCGGCCGCUGACGAUGAAGAAGGAUGGGAUUCAAACGCGGAAGCGCAAGCCCAAGUCUAGUCAAUCGAUACCGUCGCUCAACGGGAUGGUGAGUGAAAAACUUCUCCCGUCGAUGAUCCCAACCCAGCUGCAUUCGGUCGGGGGCGCCGCCUCUGUUGCCGCCGGUGGACCCCAAAAGUUGCUCCUCCAGCCACCGCUCGGCCACAUGGUGGCCGUAUCGUCGUCCUCCCAAUCGAUGGAUCUCCACUCGAGCCAUGCCAUCACGUCGUCCUCCGCCUCGUCGGUUUUGGCCCCGACCUCGUCCGCGUCGGGCAUCAACACGGCCCAGGACCAAAGAUACGUCGACAGUACUUCGACGGCCAGCAGCAUGUCCCCGCAUCUGCCCAGCAGCAACAGCCUGACGAGGCACGUCACAACCAGCGUACCAACCUUGGACACGUCGAGCCGACCUUCGAACGGAGAAAUCACCAGCGUAAUCACGAGCACCGGGGUCACCGAACGGUCCAGUAAUUAGUGCCCAAACUUUAGAUAAGACUUUUAAAUCACCAAAUAUUUAGUUUUACGCAUAAGCCAUAUGAAAAUAAGAUAGUGAAAGUUUAAACCGAAUAGUUAUUUAAACUAAUAGCUCUUAGAACAACCAUCGCUGGAGUGAGCAUUUUUUGUCAUAUCUCAGUGAAAGUAAAGCAUUUAGUUAAGCACCCGAGAAUUUCAAACAUCGGAGAAGGAAAUAAAUGUGCGUUCCGAGAUUAUCUCGAAAGUGA